GCACUCAAAGAUUGUGGAUGAUUGCGAAACAGAGAGCAGCCUUUGCAGUGCAGCCCUGUCCCAUGUUGCUCCCUCCUCUCAGGGGAUGGCCAAGGUCCAGGAUGGACACACGAACGCAUGUGACAGCACUGCCAUGUUAGAGGAGAGCCAGGAUGGUAUGGACAGUGGUACCCUAAGUCCUGCCACGGUUCGACAGGUUACAAUCCAGCGCCACCCAAGUCAAGGAUUUGGCUUCAUCGCAGGCAGCCAGAGGCCUGUCAUUGUACGCUCCGUCUCUGCUGACGGCCCCUCGUUUGGCAAGCUUCUCCCUGGAGAUCAGAUCUUGGCCAUUAACGAAGAGACGGUGAGCGACGCGCCACGAGAGAGAGUCAUAGACCUUGUAAGACGCUGUAAAGAUAUUAUAGUUCUCACUGUGCUGCAGCCCCAUCAGUCACCUAAGUCUGCCUUCAUAAGCGCAGCCAAAAAGGCCCGCCUGAGAACCAACCCUCCUAAAGUGCGCUUUUCAGAGCAAGUGUCCAUCAGCGACCCAGACUCAACGAUGCUCAAAGACGACUCCUUGCUUCUUAUACCAAAUGUGUUGAAGGUAUUUUUGGAGAAUGGACAGAUUAAAUCUUUUACAUUUGACAGCCGCACCACUGUAAGGGAUGUGAUCUCCUCGCUGCAAGACCGCCUCUCACUGCGCUACAUUGAGCACUUUGCCUUGGUGCUAGAGGCAGGUGGACUGGACCAGAAUCAGAGAUUGCAUCUGCUGCAGGAUAACCAGCCACUGACACAUGUGGUGCACAGAACGUACUUCCAAGGGAUGAAGUGUCUGUUCCGCGUCUGCUUCUUCCCAAAGGACCCUGCAGACCUGCUAAGAAGAGACCCUGCUGCAUUUGAGUACCUCUAUAUACAGAGUCGUAAUGACGUCAUCAAGGAACGCUUUAGCAUGGACUGGAAAUCGGACAUCACGCUACGAUUGGCCGCGCUCCAUAUCUACAUCACUGUGUCCUCCACAAGGCCCAAUCAGAAGAUUUCGCUCAAGCAUGUUGAAAAAGAGUGGGGACUCGAGCCUUUCCUUCCACUCACUCUGCUUCCAACAGUCAAGGAGAAGAAUGUGUGUAAAACCCUGUCUCAGCUGCUGAAGACUUACCAACAUCCACCGCCAUCAGGCAACAAGGUCCCUCCACUCCAAGGAAAGCUGCAGUACAUGCGAGUGCUCAACGAUCUUCCACCUUUUGGGGGAAUACUGUUCCAAACUGUUGGACUGGAGGAGAAACAGUCUGCUACAACACUACUGGUGGGCCCGCGACAUGGCAUCAGUCACGUGAUUGAUCUGAAAAACAACCUGACAACAGUUCUGGCUGAGUUCAGUAGGGUGUCCAAGAUCCAGCUCUAUCGAGAAAGCCAAGGAGUGGCUCGUGUGGAGGUGUCAAUUCAUGAGGCCAAGCCUCUGGUCCUGCUCAUGGAAUGGCCCGAUGCCAGUAACUUUGCGUGCCUCAUCUCCGGCUACUACAAGCUGUUUGUAGAUCCUAAACGCACCAUUUACUAUCGCAACCCUGGUCAGUCUCAGCUGACCAAGGCCGAUUACAGAAGUUCCCACCAUCCCCACCCACGCUCUGGGGCAUCUGGAUUGCAAAGCGGAGGGCGGCGAGGGGACGAGAGGGAAAGCUCACACAGAGAGUCAGGCUGUUCAAGAGCCGCAGUUCCUGCAGAACCUCAGCAUCUUGGCUUGUGUCAUGUCCACCUUCGAGAACAACAGCAGUUUCAGGAGAUUCAAACGCAGGCUGAAGCUGAACUCGACAUCAAUGAGAACUUUAUCUCUCAGGAGCCCCCUGGGCGACCCCGCACCAAGUCAGAUCCUACACAGGAAAGCACAGAGGAACUAGCCGGAGUUGUUGAGAGCCCAGCAGUGGAGAGCAAAGGAUUUCGAGUUAGAGCGCAAACAAUGGGUCAAACACAGAAAAGCUCACGAUUCUUCUGUGACUCCUGCAAAGCCAAGCUCAAAGCAGAGGGUCUGACAACAGCAGCGAACAGUAGUGGUAGCUCGGGGAAGUAUUGCUCCAGCGCUUGUGCCUCCCGGGGCGAAGGCGCUGUUGAUCUCAUGGCCCUCCCGCCACCUGGGAACGAAGAAGAAGAGGAGGAGGAGGUAGGCGGAGGAGGAGAGAAGCUGCAGCUACCACCACCUGCUAUUGCUGCCCCACCACCUGGCUUCAGGGAUAACAGCUCUGACGAGGAUGACACAAAGAGAGGACGGAAGGCUCGAACCAGUGCCAGUAUAGGAUUCGCCUCUGGAAAGCUGGCACAAGCCAAGGAAGAAGUGCCUGUGACACUGAUUGAUAACGUUGCAACAAGAACAGUUCGAGAUCAUGCCCAGGAGCUUGAUGAUGCUCUUGUGUCCACCUUACAGGCACUUGAGGCUUUGGCAGCCUCUGAAGACUACCCACAUCACCCUCAGCAGCCAACACAGACUGCAGGGCUGAUUGUCUUAGCUGCCAUUACACCUGAGUCAUCACUGGAUUCAGGUCAUGAAACCAACUCUUCUGAAUUGACAGAUGUUUCAGAGAUGGUGUCAGCAAUGAAGCAAAACCAGAAUCAAGCCUAUCUGCUGGCCCACCAUAUCAACAAGGAGCGUAUCCUAUGCCGCCGUGACUUUCCUCUGGCUAUCCCCGGCUGCACUGCAAAAACUAUAGGGACUGGAGCUUUUUCUGUGGGCCAGAUUCGUGCUGGCUGUCCACCGAAGCAAGUCAUCCUCAGUAAGACUGUUCCCUUCAAAGUUAGCCCCAGUCAAGACUCAGCAAUAUUCAGUGUUAUGGCAGAGCAGAGAGGAAAUCAAGACACGAACCAGACUGAACGAAAAGCAGAAUUAAAAGCAAUAUCUGAGUCCACUAAAGCAAAUUCCCCCGAUCCCCUAUUUAAUCCACCUGAGGAACUUAAAGCAUGUGAUGCGUCACUGACAGUGCAGGUCAGUGCAGAUCAUAAGUUAUUAAAUUCUUCCGGGGAAACACAAAGUGAAAAUCGCCCUGAUGGUAUAAAGGAGAAAACAACAGCACCACUUAAUACAGACAAUAUAAACAAAGCCUUAUCUAUCACCUUGACAGUGGAUAGAACUGCCUCUGUCAAUAUUUCCCCUACUAACACGUGCCAAGAUGCCAAGACUGCCUCGAGCGAGACCAUGAAGCCUUCAAACUCUACUGAACUUCUGCCAGUUGACGACCUUUUCUGCACUUGUCCAGUGCAACAGGAGCCUCCGCUUCACAUAAGACUUAAAGACCCACAGGUUCAGAAGAUAGUGGUGUUUCAGUCCUCCUCCCCCACAGACGAUGAACGUCUUCGAGCCAAGGGGCUCCAGCUGGCAAACAACAAAGAAAAUGCAGCCAGAGUAGGCACAGAUUCUCUUUUGCCAAAACCAAGCCCACAAAUACAGACCAAGUUCUCCCCUCAUUUGCCUGUAAAAGUAGAAAAAAAGGAAAACACUGAAAGCAAAAUCGAAGGUUCCCAGAGUAAAUCCCACCACGAUUUGCAGAAAUGCCCCAUAAAAUCCCUACCUAUUUUAGAUGAUCUAACAGCUUCAAGCCCCUCUGUAGCUAGAGUCUCCACUCUCCCAGCCAGGGACUCUAAAAAGCACAGCGGUGGUAAGGUUAAGUCCCAGCGCAGUGCCCCUUUCUUGAGCUUUAGAAACCUUCUCUCGGCAACAUUUCCAGCCAGAAUGCGAAGAGAGACUGAUGAGCGAAGGGCUCAGUUGCAGAAGGUUCGCCAGUAUGAGCUGGAGUUCUUGGAAGAAUUGCUGAAACCCAAGUCAUCCCAGGGAGAAUAUUUGCCCCAAGGAUCCUCACCCGUGCCCUCAGGCACACCUUGUGCCUGCCAACUCCGCACUAGUCCUGUCCUCAAGGCCCCAGGGAUCUCAAGGGAGCAGCGACGCAGUUGUGACUGUAAGCGAAUGUGUAGGGGCAUGAGACUACCUGACACACCGGUUGGCACAGCAACAGAGACACAAAACAGAGGCAGGGAGAGGACUAUCUCAAAGACCUCUCAAGAACUCCCAAAAGCACCUCAUGCCCAAGGUGCCGCAAGGAGACCUCAGACCUUAGAAAUCAAAACCACACGAAUACGCUCCACCAGCCUGGAGUCGAGAGAGCCAAGGGGAGACCGGGACUCAUGCUUGCCCGCCUGCACUUCUCAAACCGAUUGCAUGGGAGCUCCACAAUAUCAGAAGCUGCAGAGGCGAUACAGUAUUGGAGAGCUUGAUAACAGCACGAGCACACCUGUGUAUGCUGAAGUGAAGCCAAAAACCAAAAGUCUGGAGAAGGAGAUGGAGAGAGUGAGGGCCACAGGGCUGAGGCUCCCCACUCCAGUAGAGCCGGUCCACACUCAGUCUCACCAGGCCGAAGGGAAAGGGAAAAAGAAUGUGUUUUUCAUUCAAGGAGAGGAACUGAUACAUGAAGGCAAAGAAGGGACGGGGGAAGUGUUGCUGAACCUGCCCAGCGAAGACAGCGAUGACAAAGACAAAUGCUGCUCAUUCUGUUUCUGUUACAGGAAGUGCGAAGCUGCAGAUGAAAGCAGUGAGAAAGAUGAACUCUCAUACUCCAUACCCCUGCAGGUCCUUCCAGGCAUGGAAGUGGACUCACAUACUUUUCCUGUUGUAAGCAAAACACUCCAAGUUCUUAAUGCAGAGGAUUGCAGUGCAGAAGAAGAAGAGGAAGAGGACGAGCCACAGACUCAGGACAUUGACCUGAGAGCCUGUGGAACACUGGAGGGAAGUCUUGCACGGGUACAGGCUCUACAGGGGAAAACUUUCAGCUUACCUGAUGGGUUCCUAAAUGCCCAGCUAGAUGCCAAUGAGUUACUAGCUAUCCUGCGACAGUGUGCUAACAGUCCUCAAGCUGAGGGUGAGGCUCGUCUUCAACCCUCGCGGAUUGCAGAGUACAAACAGGAGCUGGCAGUGCGUUUCAAAGAGUUCCGAGCAUCAUGCCGAAGAGUGGCAAGUGUUGAAAAAAGCCCAACGCGAAUGCUUGCCGUGGUCUCAGCCAGCUUUCAGGUGCUGUGUGAACUAACUCAGACCUUCAUCAAACUGGUCCGGGGGGUUCGUUCAGAAUCCCAAAGGCUUCAGCUGUUGAGAAAAGUGGAGGAAGUAGCUAUCAACUACACUUUGCUUCUGCGUGCAGCAGAGGAAUCCAUGGGCCACUCGAGCAGCUUGCCCACAAAGACGGUGAACCCUCAAGUCUCCACCAACACCAACAACAUGAGCUCACUCACACGACCCAUUAAAACGCUGCCUGCCCAGUAAGAAUAAAUCUGGCAGGUAUGUAAUCAGAACAAUCCCGAGGGUGGGUGGCAACUGUAUCCAAAUUCAUUAUUUAUUUAUUGUUUACAAUUUUUAGAAAAUGUGCAAUGAAUCAUUCUCAGUGAAAACUGCAAUGCAACUGUUCCAUCCCAUGUUUACAGGCCCUGAGGUAGCCUUUGAAAAUAAAGACACACCAAACUAAUGCACAAUGGAAUAGGAACCCUAUAACAGACUGGGUGGUACAGGGCUAAUCAUCUCAUAUCAUCAUUCAAAAUAUACAUUUGUCAUUAUAAUAUAAUAUUUUAUAUGUAAAGUAUAUUUAAGUUCUGUGUACUUAGCAAAUAAUAAUAAGUUUUGUGAAGAAUACAAGUGAAGAAUAUAUUUGAAAUGUAAUAAGUUAAGAGAACUAUGAAAUAUUAUUAUACAUCAGAAAUAAAUGUAUGCUUUGGACUAAAACAUGUAAGAGAUCUUGUCAAGUAGCAACUUCUGUAAACCGCAUAGUCCAAAGGGUUGGUCGGUUAGAUGGUGAUGUGUUUGUGGAAUUUGCUGACUGUUGUAAUGCAAAAUUGAUCUCUGUUGGCUGUCUUGGCAGUCUCUGACACACUGAUACAUUAGUCAAAAUGGAAGUGAUGGAGUCGUAAAAUGAAAAGCACUACAACACAACUUUGACAGACUUGGCUGUACUGACUGACACAGGUCCAUUCUCGUUUUAGGAGUGCAGGUACGAAGCACACCUGCUCAGGACAGACAAUGUAGCAGAGACCCAAGUCACAGUCUUGUCCACUGUACAGUAAUGAGUGUUAUUACCUCACUCGCCUGUAGAGAAGACAUACUCACAAUGUAAUCAGUCACGCAAAAGAAUAUAUUUUGCAAAACCACCGAUCAGUAAUUCCCUUGUGUCUCACUUGAUGUGAAUCAUAGUUUUUAAUAAAGACACUUAAUAGUGAGUGAGUAACAUUGUAACCUGGAUUUUGCACAGCCUCUGAAAUUAGUUCUGAAGUUGAAAUAUAUCUUUUAAUGUUUGAGUCUGUAUUUUCAAUUCAUCCUGCUGCUGAAAAACUUCAACCGAGUCUACAAUGACAGUCUUUCAUAAUCCGUCUCCUUAAGGCUAAUGUAGACUUAUUUCAAAAUAUUCUUGGUUUUUAUUCAAGUUUUCAGAUACAUGAACAAAUUUGCUCUCUAUGUGCUGUUACACAUUGUGCAAUCUAGGAAAUAUAUAAAAAAAGAAGAAAAACCCACACACAAAGUAGUUUUCUAUGUAUUUUAAUAAAACUAACACCUAAUUUUAUGUCUGAAAUCUUUUUUGUGUCUGACCAUGUUGUUAUUCCUGGAAAGUAAACACAGCUUUAUAGUUGUGCUGAGAUCUAUUCCAUACUAGAUUUACUGUCAAAAGAAAGUGCCAUGGAACCAACAUAACAGUGACAACUGUGCUGCAACAAAACUGAAAUUCAGAAAUACAUAAUUGUUUCUUGCAAAACAAGUCCAGCAUAACUGGCCAUGCCCGUUCACUCCCAGAACAAUCUCUCUUAUGAAUUGGGUCUGGGUCCCUGCCCAUUUACAGCCAUUUUCACUGGUACAGAUCUCACCAAACUAAUCACAAUGUGUCAGAGGCAGGCUGUAUGUGAUGGCUCUUGCAGGACCCUCAAAACAACCAUAAGCCCCGUAGAAUUGCUUUGAUGAUCAGGUUUUUACUGCAAAACAACAACACUCAAUCACUGAUGUUCCUACUGCACAACACAUCAUUCUGGAUCCAUUUUGUAGACACGGUUCAUGCUGGUCUGGUCGUUGCGCUGCCUGCAUUACACGUUUAAUUUCUCUGAUUGUUUGAAUGCCUGUCCAGUGGCAUCCAAAACACAGUUUCUUCUUUAAUAUACUGUCCUUUGGAAGUCAAAGUAAAAUCUUUUGUAUUGACGAGGAGAAGAAUUAGCAUGGAUGGUGAAUACCAUCCUCUAGUGAUGUUAAAUGACCAUCCGGUGAAAAAAUACUUUUCUGAGGAUAAUGAAUCUUAUGCAGAGUAUGUACUGCCGGUAAAGCCAAUGACAAAUGUUUGAGAGUUUUACCUUUGAUGUAGCAGCUUUGUUGCACUUUUGUCUUGGUUCCAUAACAAACUACAGCAUUUAUGUGCUCUCUCUUUUAACAGCGUUUUCGCUGCUGUUGACCUGGCAUCUCCAUAACCAUCUUGUAAUGUUUCCUCCCUCACUGUACAGCAUGUUUUCCCCUUGCAACUUUCAGGGACAGAUACACUGGCAUUGGAGGUGAUGAUUAUGUGCAGAUAUUUAGAGGGAAAAACUGACAAAAAUAAAAGGGGUGGCAACAUUUCAAUGUUUUGUAAAUGUUAUUCAAUAUGGGAAUGUACAAUUUUACACUCCAGAUGUAAAUAGUAUGGAUAGAAAUUUGAAAAAAAUAUUAAACACUUUUAGAACAUUACUUAUAACAUUCAGAUUUAUCCAAAACAUUCGCUAUUUUGUAAAUAGGAGAGAUUAAAACAUGUCUGUGAGGUAAUUAUUUAUAGUGGUAAUGUAUAAUAGAAACUAAUAGUAAAACAUAUAUUUUGAAGAGUAUAUUAUGAGUAUAAAGCAUGGGACAUGUUUUAUUUUUAUAAACAAAACUAUCGGACAAUAUUGACGCAUCAGCACUUAAACAUUUCAGUAUUACAACAAACAUUUUCGUGGUUGUCAUUGUUCCCGUUGCUUUGCUACUCUGCAUAGAUUUGUCUGUGUUCCAUUCACACAAUGAUCCAACCACGACUUGAUCCAUUAUUUGUUUUUUGGUUGUUUUUUUUGUGCACCUAUUCAUUCCUGUCUUUAUUUGCUGUCAAUAAUGUUGUCGUCACUGUGGUCUUCUGUCUGUGUACAAAGUUAACUCAUGUU